UCAACUUCCGGCAGACCAAACGACGACCGGAAUUUCUUUUUUGUUCUGUCGGGGGAAGAGAUUUCGAAUAUCCUGUCCGUUUUCGGUGGUAGUAUCGAUCCGCUGCUGAAGAAUUUGGAUGAGAAGAAGCAGAGGUUCAGGCAGAACGCGGUGUCAUUGGCGGCUGAGCUGAAGGAGGUCUGCAGCCGCCUCGCAUAUCAAGAGCAGUCCUCUGCCAGAGGAAAGCUCACCAGACAGGAGGCAGAGAGGAAGGUGAAGAAGAUGGAGGAGGAAAUCUGCAGGUUGCAAGAGAGGUUAGAGGAGAGGGAUGGGCAGCUUCAGGCUUCAGCUUCUGCUGUCGAGAAGGUUCUGCUCCACCAUCGAAACCUUCCCCACGUUUCUCGAUCCAUCAAUUUCGGCAAUCUCGAUCUUGUGAUGAUUUCGUCUUGGUUAUUUGAUCAUUCUGGGAUUGAGAUCAUCAUGAUUCACUGAUUAGGCCAUGGUUAUCUUUUGUGAUGCCUUUCGGGUUUCGGCCUUUUGCUUUUGUGUAUUAGUUGCAGAAAAGAGAAUAAAUUGAGGGAGGAGGGACGUGGGCCAAAUUUGUGAAAACAAAACAAUAUGGGGUUUAUUUUUUAUUUUAGAAACAUAAUUAUACAUGUGUCCCAUUUUUAUUGGUUGAUGGGUGUCCAAUUAACUCCGUUAUGCUCCACGUCAGCAAUUAAAUGGAAUUCGUUAAAAGCGAUUGAUUGCG